AUGAAGCAGACAUGGGGGAGACCCGGGCCCCGAACAUCCGGAGGCCCCCCCUGGCACGAGAGUCCCAGGAGAACCACCGCAGAGAAAACCGCGGCCCCCACCCAGAAAAGGGCAGAGGAGAGCCCGGAGGGGGAUCAUCCGGCAGCCACCAUGCAGACGUCCCAGGGGGCCGCGGCGGCAAGCCCGCAGGCUCCGCCGGCAGCCGGCCACACCAGAGCAGACCGGCCCCUGGGCCCGGCGAUCCAAGGCCCCCCACCCCCUAGCCAGGGCCCAGCAAAGCCAGGAGGGCCAGGCCCCGCCAAGCGACCGCCGAGAGUGGGCCAGCGCUCACCCGAGCAUCCCGCCCCGGAGCGAGUCCUCCACCGGCAGGGCGUGGUGGCACCACUACCCCCAGAGGGGCAAUCAGCGCCAGCUCCCGGAGCUGAACCCCUUCACUCUGGCGUGGAGACAGGAAGACCACCCCGGUUCCCCGCAGCAGCAGAGAAGACCACCAGCCCAGACCCCGACCGGAUGGCCAACUCGUCCUCACAGCCCCCAGCCCUGGACAGAGAACAGAGAACAGGGGUGGCCACGAGGAGACAGAGGAGUACCACCUCCCCUGCAUCCCAGCGACACACCCGCACCCCAAAACCCUACCUGUAUGUUGGUGUGAUGGAGCGGGAGAAGGGAAGCAUUAGGGAUGGGGAGGAAAUCAUUGGAGGGGGCAAACUAAAGAGGCCACCGGAUCCACCGACGCGUCAAAGGCCCCCACACCAGGGCCGAGCCCAAGCGCAUGCACCAACCCACGCUCCCGGCGGCACACCACCCAGGACCCAAGCCCCCAGGCCCAGCCGGAACCCCAGCCCGGUGGCAGAGCGGCCCCAGAACCCCAAGCCCCCCCGGACCUACUCCGGAGCAGUACGGCCGCCAGGCCGGCAACCUACGUCCGCCGGCACAGGCCUCCCCAGCAGCGCCGCAUGCAGCCGCCAGAAAAACAACACCCAAGAGCCACCAACACCCCAUCCAGGCCAGGACCGCAGCCCCAGCGCCGAACCCCCCAAGAAACCCACCCCUAGGGAACUCCCAGAUGCCCCCAGCCCAUAUGGCCCCCCCCCACGCCAACAACAAAGACCAAAGCCGGACAGAACCGUGACCCCCACUCACACUAGGUGA